AUGGGCAACUCCAUCUCCAAAGGCCUCACAAGCCUGCUGGUGUUUUUGUACGGACUUUUUACCGUUGCUUUGUAUGGACUCAUUGCGAUCCAAAAAGGAACCUUUUUCAAGAAACGCACAGAGCGGCAGAAUUUAGAGUUGCAGCUGGCUCGUGAUCGCCUCUGGAAUCUGUCCAAGGACUAUGCUGGCCUGUCUCAUCACUUCCUGACUCUGGCAGACGGAUUCAAGUUCCAUUUUGUGAGCAAUGAAGCUCCCGGCGCCCAAGCGGCAUUGGCCUCAGACCGGCCGCUGGUGAUCUUCAUCCACGGCUUCCCCGAUAGCUGGGCUGUCUGGCGUCACAUCGCCUCCUCUUCUACACUGCAGACUUCUGCCAACCUUGUUGCGAUUGAUAUGCCUGGCUAUGGCGGCACCCAGGGCUUGGACAAGUACUCGGCGACCAACUUGCUGGAGAAAUUGACGGAGCUCAUCAUCGCACUUCGCACACAAUAUGGGGUGGAUGAUAGCUCACAAGCGAACAAGAAGCGGGUGACGAUUGUCGCCCAUGACUGGGGCUGUGUUCUUGCGAUGCGCCUUGCGGCCGAGGCGCCGUCGCUGGCUCAUCGGUUCAUCUUCACCAACGGGCCAUUGCGUUGGGUGAUACUGAUUCCGUUUGCCCCUCAUCCACAGCCAAGCCUUGCCCGAUCCAAUAUCAGUCGCAUGUUGUCCUCCGCGUCCAAGAUGUUGAAGACCGCCAUUGCCGCGCCUCUAUCGGCCAAGACCCCGUUGACUCAGGCAUUGCGAACGCUAGGGCCCGUCGCCCACCAAACCCUGUUAUCCGGCUACAUCUUUGCCAUGCAACUGCCUCCAUCGCUGGUGGUCUUCUGCCUCACAGGGGGUAACUACUCGCUUAUGAGUUCUAUCCACAAGGGCUCCCACGGACGCGGCGAAUACACCCCUAGUGAUGAGGGCACCUCGAUGGCCAGCAGUAUGGGCCCCUCAGCCGCCGAGGCUAAGACGCAGACCUCGGACGGGGAGUCUUAUCCCUCGACCAUUGAUUUCUCGCAUGAUUUUGCCAAUAUCAUGAACCAGGCCAACUACUACCGUCAGGGCGCUGCCGUGGCUCGAUGGCACAAGUCUGCCGAGACGGUGGCCAACCUUCACAGCAUCUCGGCGAGCCAUCAGCUUCGCCAUCCCAGCGGCGGCACUGGUCUCCUGGAUGACGGACUUCCCGGUGCCCUUCAAGCCCCGGCGACCGUCUUCUGGGGCCAGCAUGAUGUUGCGCUGAGUGAAGCGGUGUGUCUGGACGGGUUGGCAGAUUAUCUGACUUCCAACAGUCAAAUUGUGAUGCUUCCUGAGUCGGGUCAUUUUACUCCCAUCGAGCCCGAAAGCCGUGCUGCUCUGACCAAGGCGGUGGAGUGGGCUAUCAGUGGUGAAGAGGGCGAUAUCGUGGCUAAGGUCCGGGAAUGCUAUCCUAGCGUCACCCUGGUCGCUCGACGAUGA